UUUGGAAAAAUUGCUGUGCUGGAAAUCCUCAAAUCAAUCUGGCAACCCUGACUGGUUCUCAAACACAGCUGCUGGGAUGACGGUGGAAGUGGAAGUGGGGAGUCGUGGGUAAGAUUAAUGGUUAAACUCGGCCUUUUUAUCAUGGAUUUGCUGUUAUAAGACAAAAAUCUGAUAUGAACUGAUUUAAAAUGUGGACCCAGUUCACCUACAGCAGCGAUAUGACUGUGUGAGGGACGGAAAGGUGGUUAUAGAAUUGACCAUGUAAGUGAAGCUGUUCCUAGAGCAUCUACAAGAAGGCCUACAAGAAGAAAUAAAAAUGGCAACUCCAAGCAACAGUGAUUUUAAACUCACUGGCCCUCGUGGUGAUGAUGAAAAAUUUCAGCCUGGCUCUGCUCUCACUCUCCCCUGUCACCUGUCCCCUGAAAUCAGUGCUGUUUCCAUGGAGAUCAGGUGGUUUAAGGGGACGGACUGUGUUUGUCUCUAUAAGAACAGGCAGGUGACAGAGGGGAGUGGCUACAAGGGCAGAGUGAGUCUGUUCACUCAGGAGCUGCAGAGAGGAAACGCCUCCUUACAGAUCAGAGACUGCAGAAGGUCAGAUAGAGGAUAUUAUCUUUGUCAGGUCACCAAUGGAGACAUAACAGAGGAGCUUACUAUAAGAGUGUGGAUGAGUCAUCCCUCAAGGGACAGAGACUUCUUAGUCCGGCAGUGGCACAGUGAAUGGACAGAAGAGGAGAGACUGAAAAUGGAGGAAUCUGUUCUGCUGACCGAAUUAAAAGAAGAGAGGCUUUCUAUACUGAAGAACUUAAUGAGCUUAGUUGAAGAAAAGAAAGCUCAGGAGGAAAAGCUAAAAGAAGCUGAGACUGAACUGGAGAACACAGCCAAACAAACAGACAGCAAAGAAGAAGAAUUAAAAGAGGAAGAAAAACAACAAAAGGAGAGAAAGAACAUCAGAGAGAUCAGUCUGGAGAUGAGAGAGAUGCAGGAAAGAGGAGUGAGAGAAAGAGUGGAGAUGAGACAAAGAGAGGAAGAGGAGAUCAGAGGAAAGAUGAGAGCUGUUGUGGAUGAUUUGAGGAGCUCAGAGGAAGCAGUUAACAAGAUAAAGGAGAGGAUAGAACAGCAUGAACAACAAAAAGAUGAAUAUAAUAAAACGUUAUCAGAGGAGGGAAAUGAAGACAAGAGGAGAGAGCUGAAAAGAGAAGUGGAGAGAGAAGAUGAGCAGAUGAAGGAGGCUGAAGAGGAGCUGAAAAGGAUGCAGGAGGAAAGGAGGAUGAUGGUUAAGAAACUCAGACUGGAGAUGGAGAACAGUGAGAAGAACGCAGUAAAAGCAGACACACACUUCAUCAGGAAGCUGUCUGAACAGAAACAGGAAGAGUCUGAUAGUAAGACAAAUGAAAAAGAGAGAGAGAUAGAAACACCGAAACAAAACCUCUCAGAGAUGGAGAAAGAAACAGAAAAGCAACCAGAAGACAGAAAUAAGAAUUUAGAAAAGAAAAACAAAGAGCUACAACAAAAAGACGCAGAAUUAGAAGAACAUACAGAGACGAUAGAGUAAAAAUAAAAUAAUA